AUGUCAAAAGGGACAACAGGAAUAGCUAGACAUGAUCUCAACGUCAACGACGUUGCCGCUACAUCCGAGGUGUCUCGUCUGCUCGCUGAAGACACAAGACCUUGGCAUGAGACUGCCUUCGAACUGGCAGAUAUUUCCAAAACUGACUCUGUCGUUCUAGGCUUCGAUGGAAGUGUCCUUAACGGCCUCCAAGCCGUCGAUAAGUGGCAAUCGCAUUUUGGUCACCCUACGAGCGCCACCUUGGGUCUCAUCUCCGCCUCCAUGGCGAUCGGCUCUGUUGCUGCUGUGCCUUUUAUUCCAUACCUUAAUGAUCGUUGGGGCAGACGAUUCAAUGUAAUUCUUGGUUCUGCUAUUGUUGCCGUCGGAGUGGUCAUCCAGAGUGCAGCUAUCAACAUCGGAAUGCUUAUUGCUUCACGUACCAUUAUGGGCUUUGGCUUGACUGUUUGUCUAUCAGGUGCUGCGCAGCUUCUAACAGAGCUGUGUUACCCCAAAGAACGCGCAAGAAUUAUCGGCAUGUUCCAAGUAUCUUGGUAUAUUGGCUCUAUAUUUGCUGCUGGUCUGACCCUAGGCACUUACGCCUGGCCAUCAGAUUGGAGCUGGCGUCUUCCUACAAUCUUCCAGAUUGUGCCAUCCCUUCUUCAACUGGUUUUCAUCUGGUUCAUUCCGGAAUCACCUCAUUGGCUCAUAUCUCGGGACAGACAUGACGAAGCAUUAGCUAUUUUAAUCAAAUAUCACGGCGAGGGUGAUGCGAACUCAGCAUUCGUCGCAGCAGAGUUCCUCCAGAUUACAGAAACUCUACGUCUUGAGAAGGAAGCGUCAUCUCGACCAUGGCGCGAGUUGUUCACCACCAAGGCCAACAUUCGUCGCGUGUUGGUUGCUUUCUGUGUAGGACUCUUCUCACAAUGGGCAGGAAAUGGCCUUGUCAGCUACUACUUAGCCAAAGUACUGGCUACCAUUGGAAUCACCAACCGUCUUAAGCAACAGCAGAUCAACCUUUCGCUGAGUUGUUGGAAUUUGUUCACCGGUGCCACAGCUGCCAUAGUUGGCACCAACUAUUUCCCUCGCCGUACGCAAUUGCUCGUCGGAUUUGGCUCCAUGUGUGUCCUCUUCUCCUGCUGGACUGCUGCGUCGGCCACAUUUGCAAAGGACAACACCAAUAACUCUGCCGCUACUGGUGUUGUGGCACUGAUUUUUAUAUAUUACGCCUUCUACAACUUGAUGAUGCCUCUGCAGUAUCUAUACGUAUCCGAAGUCUUUCCGUUUAUUCAUCGCUCUAAAGGUAUUGCUAUUAUGCAAUUGGCGAACAAAGGCGGAACUGGCUUCAAUCAGUUUGUGAACCCAAUCGGCCUCGACGCACUCCAGUGGAAGUAUUAUCUUGUUUAUGUCGUCCUUCUCGCCUUUGAAACAUUCACGAUCUGGCUCAUCUACCCUGAAACAAAGGGAGUGUCUUUGGAGGAGGUUGCUGUGGUAAUGGAGGGUGAUAAAGCGAAUGUCGGGAGGUUUGAGAAGGAAAAGAAGGGCGCAUCAGCUUAUGAUGAUGAAUAUAGGCUAUAA